AUGGCAGUUAGAAGGGGGCAAGUGGCAGCCAUGGGAAAAUUCGCAGGGGGGCACUGUUGGGAGAACUGGAGGAAACAAGAAUCACCCCCACCCCAACAAGCCCCNNACCUGAGCCCCCGGGAGGAGGGCUGCUCGCCCAGAGACAACUACUCGAGCCGAGACUACCCUAGCGCCCGCGACCCCCGCGAGUUUGCUCCCUCGCCUCGAGAGUACACCUACCGCGAUUACGGCCACUCCAAUGCCCGGGAUAACUGUCCGUCGAGAGGGUAUGGCGACCGAGACGGCUACGGGGGGCGCGACCGCGACUUCUCGGACCAUCCGAGCGGAGGCUUCUACCGAGACCUAUUCGAGAGCUACGGGGACCCGCUCAGCGCCGCCGCGAUGCGGGGGCCUCCGCUGUCGUACGGCGGGGGAGGCCGCUACGACGAGUACCGGGGCUGCUCGCCCGACGCCUAUGGCGGCGGCCGCGACAGUUACGGCGGCGGCCAUAGCGACCGCUACUCGAGGGGCCGCGACCGGGUAGGCAGAGCCGACCGCGGGCUCUCCCCGUCCUUGGAAAGGGGGUGCCCUCCCCCGCGCGAUUCUUACAGCCGCUGUGGCCGCAGGGUCCCCAGGGGCGGAGGCCGCCUGGGAAGCCGCUCGGAGAGAGGGGGAGCCCGGAGCAGAUACUAA